AUGGAUAUGAAGUCGCAAUUCUUGGACUUGCCUUACCAGGUCCGAAAACUAAUCUACCACUAUUAUAUCUCCGUUGACGGUGGCUACGUCUAUAAUCCCGAGACAGGCAAGUUAAGAACCGCCCACGAUGGCGCCAUCGACCUAUCCCUUAUGUAUACCUGCGAACUAGUAGCCUCCGAAAUGAAGGGUCUCCCCCUUCAGACUAAUACGAUCACCUUCUAUCCCUACUACACGGAAGAGGCGCUCCCCUUUGCAUACCGCAAUGGAAUAACGCUCCUAAGGACUCAUCAUCUAAUCUGGCAAAUGUUCCGAAGUGCAGAGAGGUGCUAUACCGAGGAAGUGAAGUCCAAGUUCAGCGAGGUCUAUCCACAGUUCAUAUCUCUUUUCGACGACCUCCGUACGGACUUGAGACUUGAAAGCAUAGGCUAUCCGCCCUCGGAAGUCUGCGAAGCCAUGGAGUAUGCGCUGAAGCUUGCGUCCUCGCACCCCGACUUCGCGAAAGACCUAGCCCACCUCGAAUACAAAUGGGGCGACGACACCAAAGAAGACGCGAAUAUUUUCGGGAAAUUGUGCCUCGGGCCUUGGGAGGUCAUCUUAGCAAAUGAUACAGGCCAUCCCGACAUAUUCCGCGAGUUCAAUAGUGAUCCACCUAAGUCGAUGGAUAUUACCAAGUACGGCUUUUCGGCUGCCGCAUUAGCUGUCAGGUUCUUAGAUUCUAUUCGAAUGCAAGCCUUCAACGAGAUCAGAGAUAUCAUCUUGGAGGAGAACCAUCCAGCCGUUGCCUUGUCUGCGUCUCAUGCAAGAGGCCUUAUUCCAUUCUGCCGAUGUAAUAGCCUCCUACGAGUCGAGCGCCGUGUUCACUUGUGGAAGAAUAUCUUUCUAGAAGGCGUCUUUCCAAGGGUCUGUAAAUAUAUUCCUCUAUGUCUCCCUAUGAGGAGCAUAGAGGUCUUGGAUGCCCAUCUUUCGGAAUCGAUGACCCGGUCUGUUGCCCUGUGGACUAUGGAGGCUUUGUCACUGAUACCUGCUGGCAUGCCUACCGAGUCGUUUUCUCUAGUCUUUCAUGGCGACAUAAUGCCCGAAAAGUGUUCGGAAAUCUUCAAGAACGUCAUCAAGCGAGAUGCUACAUGGCAGGUCGCCAUAGAAGAAAACAUAAAGCUUGGUCUUUUACAGCCAUUUGACUUCUUCCGCCGACCAUGCUGUACUUUUCCAUUCGAUAUAUUCAAGGGUUUCCCACAGGCCCUUGAAGAUAUCGCUAACAAGAGAACCUCUAUCGUCCGGUGUGACUUCGAUAUCGGCGACUACCGCACAUCUGAUGCUACGAAAUUGGCCGAAGAACGUCGUAAAUGGACAUUGGAUAUGUGGCGCCUUCAAUGGCUCGAUGUUGGGUUGAUUCAUUGGAACGACAUUCCUUUACUUCUUGAGAAGAUACCGCUUUUAAAAGAACUAGUAUGGGAUUCGUAG